UUACAUUUUAUCUACGAAGAAACGAUGAACAGAAAUCCAUACUGUACUACUGCAUUUUUCUCAUGAAGAGAUACAUCAGAUUGAGUUUUCCAUUGCUCUGCGUAUUGGCUAUUUUCAUAAUUUUGCCACUUUGUGGCGAAGGACCACAUUGGGACAUCGUAAAUGAGGAAGCCGAAAAGGCUAUACGAUAUUGGUGGAGAUAUAUUCUUCAUAUUCAAAAUUUAUACAACGUGCCACUUGAUUUUUUUAUCCAUUUAUGGUUCGUUAAUGUGUUGAUGCAAUUAACUGUAAUUACAGUUCCUUUAUUAUACAUUCAUGACAGAUGGUCAACAAUUGGAACCGUAUUAUUAUGCAUUUUGACACUGGCAGGAAUCAUUUUGCAUGUUUGGCAAUCAGUAAUUGCCAAAUACAUCACGAUCGUUGGUUUAUCAGUAAAUAUUCGAAAUCUCGAGAAUUUAUUCCUGUAUGUGUAUCAGAAACCUUACUUUACCCACCUGAGUUCUUACUGCUUGGGCUUAUUAAUAGGAUACACGUUAGCUAAAAAGAAACAAUUGAAAUUCCGAAAGAUGGUUGUUGUUUCAUGUUGGAUUACGACAAUUUGUUUGAUGGGACUUGUCCUGUUCGGUUUGCACAAUUACAGAAAUGAUCCCUAUCCGAAUGAGNUGUUUUAA